UUCAAGGAAAAUUGUGAAAUUUGUGAAAUAAUAUUCUAUAUUUUCUCUUAUUAAUUAUUAUAAAAUGUUCCACAUUUUGUAAGAAUACGCAAUACUUAACUAGUUUUCUAACCACAAUGGUUAUUUACGGAGUUUACAUUGUCAGUAAAUCUGGGGGGCUGAUUUUCAACUACGACCACAAUAUUCCUCGAGUGGAAACUGAAAAAACCUUUGGUUUUCCAUUAGAUAUUAAACUCGAGUAUGAAAACAAAAAGGUGGUAGUAGUCUUUGGUCAAAGGGAUGGUAUAAAUAUUGGACACGUACUCCUAUCUGUAAAUGGAUCUCCUGUUAAUGGCCGCACAACUGACGAUGGGAAAGAUGUGUUUGAUUUGAUAUCUGCUAAGGAAAACUAUCCCAUAAGCUUAAAGUUUGGCCGUCAAAGAGCUACAACAAAUGAAAAAAUUGUGUUAGCCAGUAUGUUCUACCCACUAUUUGCAUUGGCUUCACAACUCAGCCCUGUUCCUAAAUCUUCUGGGAUUGAAACUCUCAAUGCGGACACUUUCAAACUCUCUUGCUUUCAAACAUUAACAGGAGUAAAAUUUAUAAUCGUUACUGAUGUGAACAUGCAAGGGUCAGAUGUGGUGUUGAAGAGAAUCUAUGAACUUUACUCUGACUAUGCUCUGAAGAACCCAUUCUAUUCGUUGGAAAUGCCAAUCAGAUGCGAGUUAUUUGAUACAUCCCUCCAUACUUUACUGGAACUUGUUGAGAAGUCAGGAACUGCUAAUUUAUAGCUUUAAGUUCACAUUAAUUAGCAAAGUUCUGCAAAAUUUAUUCCAUAAUAUUUAAUUUUAAUUGUUU